AAAAAGCGCGAUCAAUAUGACGUUCACGCUCCAGUGCCACAACUCGAACUACCUCGAGAUGCUUCCGAGUGGCCGCAUUGCGUGCAGCGCAGCCAACGCAUCGCAAUCCUCCACGCUCUUUGACGUGAUUGACGUCAAUGGACUGUACCGGUUCGAGACGCCGUUCCAAACGCUGACGCUCACCGACCAGCUCAUCUCGGUGCUGCAGUUGAUCGUGACCGACAACAUCUUUAACGCUGUCCAGAACGGGUCGCUCCUCAGCAUCAUCAUGUUUGCACUGCCGUUUGGCGUCGCGAUCGCCAAGUCGUUUGCAGGACCUAUCUCGGACAACCUUCUCGUCGUGCUCAUCAAGCAGACGCGGAAUGCGAUGCUGAUUCUGAUCAACACGGUCAUGCGCCUCACGCCGAUCGCAGUGGUCUUUUUAAUCGCAUCGGCUGUCAUUUCGUUUAGCUCCAACGCCAACAACGUCGCGGGUCAAGUGGGUUUCGCCGUCCUUGCGUUCGUGCUUGGCAGUAUCAGCCACGUCUUGCUCGUCAUGCCGAUCUUUCUCUUUCUGACGACGCGCAUCAACCCGUACAACUACCUCCGACAACUCACGUCCGCGUACGUCUUUGCCUUUGGCUGUGCGUCGUCGAUGGCUGCGCUGCCCAUUGCCGUCUCGUCGAUCCACCAGACCCGCCAAGUGUCGCGGCCGUUUGCACAACUCAUCAUGACGCUCGGGACACCCGUGAACCUCAACGCGUGUGGCAUGUACUAUCCGAUUCUCGUCACGUUCAUGGCCAAGAUGUCGGGGAACGGCGACAGCCUCGGCUUACCGCAGUGGAUUGUCAUGUUUUUCGUCAGCAUCUUGGCGUCCAUGGGCACGGCGCCCGUUCCCAACUCGGGCCUUGUCAUGCUCAUUACGGUCUGGAAGACGGUCUUUCCGAGCAAGGACCUGCCCGCGGCAUUUUCGUACGUCGUCGCAAUCGACUUUAUCAUGGACCGCAUCGCAACCAUGGUCAACCUCAACGGCAACAUGGUGGUCACGCGCAUUCUCUCCGAGCAGGUCGACGAAGCCAUGGAAGUCUGGGCCAACGAGCAGAUUGUCCGCUCCGACUUUCCGACCAAUGUCGUAGCGUUUUAAAAUCCGUCGACGCAACCCAACUUGUGGAUAUUACUACCCAACAAGAUUAACGUGUAUAUUGACACUAACGACCAUGUUGGUGUUGCG